AUGAUAUGGAAAUCUGGUCUAGAAGUUGACACACUGUUCAUCCACUUAUCAGAAGAAGGCACAUCCAAACAAGAAAAGACGAAUAUUGCGGGGGAGCUGCAGACAGUGGGGAAGAAAGGAUAUGCUCAAAACUUUAAAAAAGGUAGUUGUGUUCUGGACCUCUCCAAGUGUCUUUUCAUUCAGGGAAAACUGUUGUUUGCUGAGCCCAAGGAUGCGGGCUUUCCAUUUAGCCAGGAUAUCAAUAGCCAUUUGGCCAGUCUCUCAAUGGUUAGAAACACGGGCCCCACACCAGACCCCACUGUUAGAGAGGCUUUGUGUGCCACGGAUAACUUAAAUGCCAGCAUUGAAAGUGAGGGCCAGAUUAAGAUGUACAUCAAUGAAGUGUGUCAGGAGACUGUGUCACAUUACUGCAACUCAUUUCUGCAGCAGGCCGGAUUAAAUUUGUUAAUAAGCAUGACAGUUAUUAAUAACAUGCUUGCCAAGUCCGUUUCAGACUUGAAGUUUCCUUUGAUAUCAGAGGGAAGUGGAUGUGCUAAGGUUCAGGUUUUGAAACCACUGAUGGGUUUGUCUGAAAAGCCAGUCUUGGCAGGGGAGUUAGUCGGUGCCCAGAUGCUCUUCUCAUUCAUGUCCCUCUUUAUCAGAAAAGGAAACAGAGAGAUUCUCCUGGAAACCCCUGCCCCAUAAACAGCCCUCUGGAACACAAUGGGACGGAAUCCACCCACAACGCGCUUGGUUUGCAGAUGUCAAAGAAUCUGCAGAGGGUGCUACUGAAGAUCCAGCCUUAGCCAAUCACCACCUCAUUGGGUGAAAGUUCCAGGGCUCAAUCCAGGACCACACUCUUAUUGGCCAGGCAGGGGCUCCCACAGAGCUUUGAGUAACUUGUUGGUUGUGCAGUCUGCAGGCAAUGUUGGCACUGUAAAUUCCUCCCUUGCAGCCUCCUUCAUGUGGUGAGGGGAUCACUUCAGCUGCCUGCUGUGGACAAAGAACAUCAAAUUACAGCUAUUGUUGCCUGUGGUGGUUUCCCUGUCCAAGCAGAACCGCUUUGCAGAGACCAGACGCAUAUCGCAGCUUGAGCUGAAAAUGUAUUUGUUGCAGCUUAGGUUGAAUUAUUUUUCGUUUACUCUUUCUUCUACACGCGCCUGAUGGAUAGUGAACCUAUUCAUCAAAAAAGUGCACUGCUCUUCUGUCUAUUGUACCGACUUAACCUCUUCCACCCAAGUCCGCAUCUGUGUGUAUCAUCAAUAAAGUUGUGUGCUUUGAUUGGCAGAAAAGA